AUGGCGGACAACAAAGAGCAAGAUGCUUUGGAGACUGGCAGAAGAACACGGAUGACUAGAUGCCUGAAGAAAUGCACCCUUUCCAAAGAAAGCCUCGGCAAGCCUUUCUCCUACAUCCACCUCCUUUUCUCCCUCGACUAUACCACAACGGACGUUUGCCUCAUCAUUUGCGGCGUAUUCUUCUCUAUCGCGGCAGGCCUUCCGUUCCCUCUUCUGGGUAUCGUCUUCGGUGACUUGAUCAACGAUCUAAAUACGGCAACUUGCUCUCCAUCCACACAAACAAGUAGCGAUGUCGCCGAUAGCGUGCGUCAGAAGGUGCUUUAUGUGAUAUACAUCACUAUCGCCAACUUCUGCUUCAUUUACAUCCAUUGCGGCUGUUGGAGCUAUAUUAGCGAACGAAUUGCACGACGGUACCGCCGACGAUAUUUCGAGAGUAUCAUAAAGCAGGAGACAGGCUACAUCGAGAGUCUGCCAGCUGGAGAUGUGGUAUCGCGGUUGGUGAGCGACAUUCAAAUUGUGCAAUCCGGGACCUCGGAAAAAGUAGGCCUUGUAAUUUCCACUGUGUCCUACUUUGUCACUUCAUACGUCGUGGCGUUUAUCAAGGUGCCUGAAAUUGCGGGAAUGCUGGUGUCUGUUGUGCCUUGCUACUUUUUCAUGUCCUUUGUCGGUGGGCAUUACAUAAAGAAAUAUGCGAGCCAGAUUAAUGAGCAUGUCGGUGCGGCCACGUCGAUUGCCUCGUCAAGUCUGUCACAUCUGACACUGGUGCAUGCGUUCAAUUCACACAACAGACUGGAGAAGCUAUAUGCAGAUUAUCUGGCUGGCUCCCGGAUGGCCGCUCUCAAGAAGGCAGGAGCCCAUGCUGCGCAACUUGGGCUACUGUAUUUCAUUGCCUACGCUGCAAACGCCUUGGCUUUCUGGGAGGGUUCUCGGUUGAUCGCCGAUUCGGUGGAUAAAAAUGGCACGGGAACAUCUGUCGGAGCCGUGUAUACGGUCAUUUUUGUCCUAAUUGAUGCUUCCUUCAUUCUCAGCCAGGUCGCACCAUUCGUGCAUGUAUUUGCAGCGGCGACUGGCGCAUCCGAGAAGCUUCUCGCGGUCAUCAAUCGGGAAUCCAAGAUUGACGGAACAGCCGACUGCGGUGACGAAUCUGCAUCGUUUGAAUCUGAAGACAUCGUGUUCCACGAUGUGCACUUCACUUAUCCUUCUCGACCAGAUUUGCCCGUCUUACAAGGGAUCGACUUUGCGAUCCCGCCUCGCAAACAUACUGCAAUUGUUGGACCAUCGGGAGGAGGCAAGUCUACGAUAGUCGCUCUUCUGGAACGCUUUUAUGACCCUCAAGCCGGGCAAAUCCAAAUCGGUAAGCAAGACUUUAGGAACUUGAAAGUGAGGUAUCUUCGAGGAAAAAUUGGAUUUGUCCAGCAAGAACCAUCUCUGCUGGAUCGAUCGAUCCUAGAAAACAUUGCCUAUGGACUGGUCACAUCUGCAAGCGAGCAGCAUCAGAGCCUGGCACCGUAUAUUCUAGAUUCCACACUGGCCGCUCUGGUGGAAUAUCUUCGAUUGGGAAUAUCCGAAAAGAAUGCUCUCCAGGAAUUCGACCCUCAGGUUGCCCAAAUUGUCACAUUGGUGCGACAAGCAGCGGCCAGCGCUAACGCUUUAACAUUCAUCGAUGCGCUUCCUCAGGGGUUUGCGACGAGCGUGGGUUCCUCUGGGAACCAGUUGAGUGGUGGUCAGAAACAACGUAUCGCAUUAGCUCGGGCUCUUGUGCGUGAGCCUGCUGUUUUGAUACUCGAUGAGGCGACAGCUGCUCUGGAUUCUACAAGCGAACAAUUGAUCCAAGAUGCUCUCGCCAAGCUGGCUGGACGUGUGACCAUGGUCUCUAUUGCGCACCGCUUGGCGUCUGCUAAGGACGCUCACAAGAUUGUGCUUAUACAGAAAGGCCAGGUCGUCGAGGAGGGAGCCCACACCGAGCUUGUCGCUAAAGGUGGCCCAUAUGCUGAGAUGGUGCGACUUCAGAAUCUUGGAAAGCUGAGCCCAGCCUUGACGCCUGGCGAAGAUAAGAUUCGCGAAGCUCAAGAGGGUAUGCUCGGCCAUCAGACCAUUACCACUGAAGUCAAGGAGUCCUUCCUUGAUGUUACUGGCACCGACGUCACACAUGUCUCAGACGAUGCGCUUCCUCCAUAUGGGACCGAGCGGAAUAGAAAGGGAGAAAGGAAUAGGCGCCCUAAUAAGGAGCUGAAAGCAAAGAAAAUGCGCAAGCGCACCAUGUGGUUUACAACGAAAUUCACAUUCUCUCUACUACGGCCUAAUCUGGGUUAUGUCAUGCUUGGCUUUGCCAUGUCCAUUGUGAUUGGAGGUAGCUAUACAGCUGAAGCGGUCAUUUUUGGCCACACGAUCGGUAGCUUGAAUCCAUGUAUUGGAGCAGACGGCAUCAGACAUGGCGGUCAUCUGUACGGAUUAUUGUUCUUCGUCAUGGCUCUUGUCGAGCUCUCAGCCAACGUGAUCGGUGGCUGCGCAUUCGGCUGGGCGGCUGACAAAAUUCUCUACCGAAUUCGCGUGCUGUCUUUGAGAUCCCUCAUGGGGCAGACUAUUCAAUGGCAUGGCAUGGAGAAUAGAACCCCUGGAACGCUUCUCACUUAUAUCACCGGUGAUGCAACUGCUCUUAGCAGCAUCACAGGGACAACCAUUGGGUUGCUGUUAGCCACAGCGGUCAACCUGGUGGCUGGAUUGGUGGUAUCCUUUGCGGUCGCCUGGAAGAUAGCUAUCGUGCUACUACCGACAAUUCCUGUCUUGCUAGUCUCAGGAAUGAUGAAACUUAGGACACAGGCGCAAUUUGCGGAACGCCAUCAAAAAGCCUUUGCCCAGGCGACUGCCAUUACCGUGGAAGCUGUUGACAACAUCCGGGCCGUCUCCGCAUUCUCAUUGGAGAAACAAUCGUGCGCGGUCUAUGAAAGAGCACUAGCAGAGCCCUACCGGGAGACCCUUUGGUCCAUUGCAUUCGGCAAUUUCUUUCUCGCCCUGGCUUUCAGCAUAAGCAAUCUGGUAUAUGCCCUGGCGUAUUGGUGGGGAACCCAGCAGAUUGUGAAUGGCCUUUAUACUCAGACUCAAUUCUUCAUCGUGCUCCCUGCUCUCUUGUUCAGUACGCAGUCCUGUGGCCAGAUGUUCGCUCUUGCGCCCGAUAUCUCCAAAGCCGGCUUGGCUGCGUCGAACAUUGCAGAGCUACUCACCACUCACUCAGCCGAUGAAGAGCUGAACCCAGUUGCCUUGGCCAAGCGCAAAGCCUAUGAUACUUAUCUUAUCGACGAGGUGAAUCCCGAUCCCGAAGCAGCCUAUUCAGGGCAUACAUGCGUGAAUUCUGCGGUGCCUCCGGUGAAGAGUGGGAUUGGAGCGGAGCUUCAGAAUGUCCACUUCGAGUAUCCAUCACGUCCAGGACAACCGGUGCUGUGUGGACUCAGCCUGAGCAUUCAGCCAGGCAAGUUCUGUGCGCUGGUAGGGCCUAGUGGUUCGGGAAAAUCCACCACUUUUGCCAUGCUGGAACGAUUCUACCGACCCGAAUCUGGUGCAGUGGUAAUUGAUGGCGUCGAUGUUACUCGGCAAAUUGGCACACAGUUCCGGGAUGACAUCGCCCUCGUACCUCAAGAGAAUGUCCUUUUCGAAGGGACAGUCGCUUUCAACAUUGGAUUAGGUGCACGCCCGGGUCACGAGCCAACCCAAGAAGAGAUCGAAGAGGCCUGCCGCAUGGCCAACAUCCACGAGGUGAUCGAGGCCUUGCCAGACGGCUAUCAGACCCAAUGCAGCCACGAUGGCAAGCAGUUCUCUGGUGGCCAGCGACAGCGCCUGUCAAUCGCACGAGCUUUAGUCCGCCGUCCCCGGAUGCUGCUUCUCGACGAGUCGACCAGCGCCUUGGAUGUUGAGUCUGAAAAGCGGAUCCAAGAAGCCCUCGCUACACUUGCCGGCCGAACGACCAUAGUCGCGAUUGCACAUCGGCUCAAUACCAUUCAUCGGGCGGAUUGUAUUUACCUGAUCGAGGAUGGGCGCUGCGUCGAGCAGGGUACUCAUGAAGAACUCAUCGAGCGCAGCGAGACAUAUCGGACGAGCGUCAUCCACCAAUCUCUCGAGACGUAG